AUGCGCACCACAGAUUGGCUUGUUGGGGACGUGAAGGUCAAAGGCAACCUGGGCUGCAAUGACCAUGGGAUGGCGGACCUCGAGGAUCCUAAGGACGAGGAAGGCGACAAGCAAGGGCUCCACUCCCUGCGCUACUUCGAUGUUGCGGUGUCGGAGCCCAGCCCGGGGGUGCCCCAGUUCGUGUCUUUGGGGUACGUGGAUGGGAACCUCAUCUCGCGCUACGACAGCGAGACGGGGAAGGCAGUGCCCGGGGCAGACUGGAUGGCGGCCAACCUGGACCAGCAGUACUGGGACUCCCAGACCCAGAUUGCACAGACCAACCAGCAGGUUGACCAUGGGAACCUGGACACACUGCGGAGCCGCUACAACCAGAGCGGGA